CUUCCAGUGGGUUUAUAUAGCUGUGAAUCAUUAAACUUGAAAUGCAAAAGUCAUGCUAAGUUUCAUAUGAUGAGAUCAUUUUUAUCACAAAAAGCCUUUAUCAAAGGCAGCAGCUUUAUUUUGUGUGCUAGUGUUGCGAACUGUUAAAUUCAUCUGAAGGAGUAACUGUUGGUUAUUUCUUUUUGUGUGCACAAUGCCAGUAGGUUGAGUGUUGAUAGUUACCAGAUAAAUCCACUGAGCUAUUAGCAUCUAAUAGAGACAAAUGGUGUUUGACUUCUGUAAAUUGAAAAAAGGACCCAGAAGGAGUUUCAUACUUAAGAAUUGAAAAAAAGAGUCAAAGAAAGUAGUGUGAACCCAGAUAUAAAAAGUAGGCACUUUGCAAGGGGGCUGGAUCAACAAUGGAGGACCACCUGCACAAACGGGACCACGCUGGGGUUCAGGACUUUGUGUUGCUCGAGGACUACAGAAAUCCUGAGGCGUUUCUCGACAACCUGAAGAAACGCUUCCAUGAGGAUCUUAUAUAUACGUAUAUUGGUCCAGUCCUGGUGUCCAUCAACCCCUACCAUGAACUGGACAUCUACAAUCACGAUGUCAUCCACAGCUACAAGAAUGUGAACUUCUACGAACUACCUCCGCACGUAUUUGCAAUCGCAGACUCUUCGUACCGUAAUAUGCGCGGCGAGAGCCGUGACCAGUGUAUACUGAUAUCGGGGGAGAGCGGCUCGGGCAAGACAGAGGCUUCCAAGAAGAUCCUGCUCUACAUCGCAGCCAGUAGCACGCACUCGCGUGAUGUGGAGCGGGUGAAGGACCGCCUGCUGGAGUCCAAUCCACUGCUAGAGGCCUUCGGUAAUGCCAAAACAACAAGGAAUGACAACUCGAGCAGGUUUGGUAAAUACAUGGACAUCCAGUUUGAUUAUAAGGGUGCCCCUGUUGGCGGUCACAUACUGAACUACCUGCUGGAGAAGUCUCGGGUUGUUCACCAGGCGCCAGGUGAGAGGAACUUUCAUGUCUUCUACCAGUUGCUCGUAGGAGCUGCGCCCUUGACCUUGAAACAGCUGCAUCUUGACGCUGGGCCGGAGAAAUAUUUCUAUUUGAACCAGGGUGAGGACAACUCUCUGCAGACUAUGGGUGACCAGGCCAACUGGCGUGCCGUACAACACAGCCUUGAUGUACUAGACUUCUCGCAGGAGCAGCAGAAAGCGCUGUUUUCCAUAGUGGGAUCAGUGUUGCAUCUUGGGAAUGUGAAAUUUGACUCUGAUGAGAAGAGUGACAUGGCCAGAGUUACCAACCCUGAAAUCGUGGCAACCAUUGCAGAGUUGCUAGGCUGCAGUGAGAAAAUGCUUUUAUCAGCAUUACAACACAGAACUAUUGAGGCAAAUAAUGAAAAGAUGAAGUCACCUCUGACAGUGGACCAGGCCCUUUAUGCAAGGGAUGCACUUGCUAAGGGGAUCUACGACCGCCUGUUCACCUGGAUUGUCCACAAGGUCAAUUCUUCACUCUCCAACAGGUGCAAACACAGAUGCAACCUUAUGGGACUGCUGGACAUCUAUGGUUUUGAAAUAUUCCAAGUGAACUGCUUUGAGCAGUUCUGCAUCAACUACUGCAAUGAGAAGCUGCAGCAGCUAUUUAUAGAACUGACCUUGAAAUCGGAACAAGAGGAAUACCAAAAGGAGGGAAUUCAGUGGGAACCUGUGGAGUAUUUCAACAACAAGAUCAUCUGUGACUUGAUUGAGGCAAAACCUCUCGGCAUCAUAUCUGUCCUGGACGAAGAAUGCUUGCGCCCAGGGGACACAACAGACAUGACAUUCCUCUCCAAACUGGUGACCACAAUUGGAAAACACCCACACUUCAUCAGUCACAGCGUCGCUGAUACCUCCACCAGGAAAACCAUACAGCGGGAUGAAUUCCGUCUGCUCCACUAUGCUGGGGAUGUCACAUACAACAUCAAGGGUUUCCUUGACAAGAACAACGACCUUCUGUUCCGUGACCUGAAAGAGACGAUGACUGAAUCGAAGAAUCCUAUCACCAGUGAGUGUUUCACCAAGGAGGAGCUGAACAGCAAGAAACGACCUGACACGGCGGCAACCCAGUUCAAGACAAGCUUGGCCCAGCUGAUGGUGAUCUUGAUGUCCAAGGAGCCUGCGUAUGUGCGCUGCAUCAAGCCAAACGACUACAAGCGCGCAGGCCAGUUUGAUGAGCGCAUCAUCCACCACCAGGUGAAAUAUCUCGGCCUCAUGGAGAAUUUGAGGGUGCGAAGGGCCGGGUUUGCAUACAGACGCCCUUAUGAAUUGUUCUUGAAGAGGUACAAGAGCUUGUGCCCAGCCACAUGGCCUCACUACUCUGGUUCAGCCCGGGACGGGGUUCACGCACUGGUGUCCCACCUCGGAUAUGGGGAUGACGAUUACAGAAUUGGCAAGACAAAGAUUUUCAUACGAUUUCCACGAGUUUUGUUUGCCACAGAAGAUGCAUUCCAGAAAAGGAAGCAUGAGCUAGCUACACAGAUCCAAGCAAAAUACAGGUGUUUCCACCAGAGAAAGAAAUAUUUGAGAAUGAGAAUCUCAGCGAUCCUGAUACAGUGCCACUGGCGUCGUGUUCUUGCCCAGAGACUCCUCAAGAGAAGACGGUGGGCAGCGGGAAUAGUUCGCAAGUUUGUAAAGGGCUUCAAAUACCGUAAUGAGCCUGAAUGUGAUGAGAACAGGGAGUUUGUGAAGUUCACUAAGAUGAACUGGCUACAGCGCCUGGCUGUGGCAGCCCCGAAAUCUAUCCUCGAUAAGUCCUGGAUUGUGGCCCCUAGGCUUCUGCAGGAGACCUCUGGGCUAUUACAGAAAUUGAACACCAAGAAUCUAGUCCUUCGCUAUGUGAAGAAGACUUCACCAGCUCAGAAAAUUCAGAUGCAGCAGAAGGUGGUUGCCGAGCGACUCUUCAAGGGGAAGAAGGAUGUUUACAUCUCCAGUGUAAAGGACCACUUUGUGGACUCCAGGAUAGCUGUACAUCAUGAAAGUUUGAAAAACCAGCUUCUGAGACAAGUCAAUGAAACAGUGAAGUACUGCAUCUACGUCACAAAGUAUGAUCGACACGGUUACAAGUCACGGAAGCGUGUGCUGUUCCUUACAGACACCACGCUGUAUGUUGUGGAGGAGAAGGAAUUCAAAAUCAAGGACCGAGUGCCAUAUGAUCUGAUCAGCAGUAUUCAGACCAGUAGCCUGAUGGAUGGACUGUUUGUUGUUGUAGUCACUAGCAAGGAGGAGAACGGAUCCAAGGAGGAUCAGAAGCAAAUAGAGCGGGGGGACAUAAUUCUGCAGAGUGAUCACAUCAUUGAGACACUGACCAGGUUUACCAUGAUUGCCAACAAGGAGAAUGUACUAAAAAUAGCGACCGGUGGGACCAUCAACCAUGAUCUGACAAGUGGCAAACAAGGCUGCAUAGAAUUCAUUAAGGGAGACAACUAUCUAGUCAAGAAGGGCAAGAACGGACAACUCCUUGUAGUAGAUGGUUCCAGCAGCAAUGCCUUGAUAGGCUCUGAGCUUGGAAUGAUGACUGACCGCACUAUAUGACCCUUGUCUUAUUAUGGACCAAUGGCCAUUUUGGGGAACAGGUGAUUGACAUCUAGACCAACUGCCCACUUCCUAGUUGGUCAACAACUGGACCAACUGACCAGCUGGAAGAUGAAAUGGGUCCAAAAUUUGACCAAAUAAGCAAUUGUCUUAUGACCAACUGGUCAGACACUGGGUCAAGCGACCCAUUGGCCGUUUUUUGCAAAUCAACCGUUAAGAAACUUGCCAGUAAUAAGACCCAUUGACCGAUUGGUUUGAGAUCCAAAAUGUUGACCAGAUUUAUGAAUUUCAGAUAGCCUAAAUUGCUAUAUGUGUUAAAAUCCAUUGCCAUAUUUUUCUAAAUAGAUAGAUCUAGAUGCAUUUUACAUUUUGCUUGCGGUUCUAAUUUUUGUGCCUUAUUCACUUUGUAUUAUGAAAAAGCUAUAAUGUACUGUAUGUAUUUGUGUAUACAUGUAUAUGUCAACACAUUUGUAGAUAUUUUGUAUGAAACAUUGAAAUUGUAUUAUGAUUAAUCAAUAUAAUUAUUAUUUGGUGUUAGAUGUCAUCGAGUUUUAAGUUUCUAUAUUUAAUGAUUUUAUUCGACCAAUAUUAUUAUUAUUUGGUGUUAGAUGGUUUAGUGCUUUCAGUUUCUAUAAAUAUGAUUUACAUUUGACCAAACAAGGCGGCGAUUGGGAUCAAGAUGUUUUUGUCACAUGCUUUUCUUAUGUGUUCUUUUUUAUACUAUUUUAACAAAUAUUCGUGUCUGAAACAUGAGAAAGAUAACAAUUUGAGCAUUUUCAUAGGUUCAUAAUCUUCAUCCCAAUGCAUCACAAUUUUGUGAGGCAAUGAUGUCAUAAACAUAAAAUGAUAUCAUCUGACAGUUUUUAUCAUUGGGCCUAUUUGUUUGUGCAAGCAUUACUUCCUUAAAAUGCUUAAGAUAAAAAGAUGCAAUUUUAUUCAAUUAGGGAAAUUUAUAGAUAAGCUUGCCAAUGACUCUCUGUUAAAAAAGGUUGGAAUUGUUAAAUUUGCUUAUUUCAUUUAGAAACACAGGGUUUAUGUUUAUUUGGAUAUCUUAGAAUUUGAAAGAGGUUUGUAAAAAGCAACCUAUGCUCAAGCUAUAAUCACAUGUUUAUUUAAGUUGACAAAGUUUACAUUGACAUGUCUGUUCUCUUAGAAUCAAAGUAAAAAUUGUGUAUACUAUAUCACCAAUUUUCUGUGAUUUGCUCCUAUGUCUUCGAUUUUGUUAAACCCCUGUAUGAGUAUAAUGACUGCAAUGGAUAACAAAUAGUUAAUUUAUUUAAUUUGGUUAAUUAAUGAGCAUAAUUUGUUAACAAUGAAUUAUUUUCCUCUAAAAAAUGUUGUACUUUUUCAACUUACCCAAUUGCCACACAGAUACACAUUUUAAUCCGUUAAAAUUACUUAGAAAUAUAACUAAAUGUAAUACCUUUCUUAAUAGAUAAAAGCUUAAAAAGUCUUUAUAAACGAUAAGUGGCAAACCGCUUUGAACAUGAAAAGCCAGUAACUCUCGCCCAGGCUGUUCUUGUUUUAGGCUUGUUGCAUACAGCCAUUUCCACUUUCCUCCUGAGCGCCCAGGCUGUUCUUGUUUUAGGCUUGUUGCAUACAGCCAUUUCCACUUUCCUCCUGAGCGCCCAGGCUGUUCUUGUUUUAGGCUUGUUGCAUACAGCCAUUUCCACUUUCCUCCUGAGCGGAAGGGGUAAAAUAGUGUUUGUUUAAAUGUUGCUCAUGCCAAAGAUCAGCAGUGUUUUGAUUUAUAUGAAUACAGUUGAUUUGCUGGUAUUUUAAAAUAUAAUUGCUAAAAUGUGUACACAAUUGCAUGCAUUAAAGUUAAUAGCAUUAUGUGUGAUAAAAAAUUGCAUUCCUUACAUGUGAAUAGUACCAAUGUUAAUGAUGUUUAGAAUACAUUUGUCAAUGUUUACUGUUUGUUUUACAAUUUUAUGUAUGUACAUUACUUUUUUAAAUGACUUGUUAAAUUAUGUAAAUGAAAUGAAAGUGCAAAUUUGUAUAUGAAAUAAUUUUUCCUUUAAAUUUAUUUGAUGCACUCAAACAGAACAGAUACGUAGAUAACAUGUUAUCUACGUUUCUGAACAGAAGUAUUAUCCAGACAUUUUAAAAUAUUCAACUUUGUUAACAAUUUUUUCUACAGUAACAUCCUAUUUAAAGAGGCCUUUUCACAGAUAUUUGCAUGUAUUGAAGUUUGUCAUUAAAUGUUUUAUAUUGAUAAAUGUAAAUAUUGGAUCUAAAAAGCUCCAGUAAAAAUCAAGAAUAACAUUUUAAAAAGAAAAAAGAAAGUUACCCUAAACAGGGCUCGAACCACUGAUCCCUGGAGUAAAAGUCUACCACUUGGACCACUCGACCAACUGUGCUCAUACAAUGACUGAUGUAUUUUUUACUCUUUUUAAGCAAUCCUCGUAGUUCCACAAAAAUAUAAAGACAACAAUGGACCUCUUCAAAUUAUUCAAUUGUUUCGCGUUGCAAUACUUUAUAAUUUUCAGGUUUUUAUGCCCCUGGAUCGAAUGAUCGGGGGUAUAUUGUUUUUGGCCUGUCUGUCAUUGUGUGUAUCUGUCCCGUCAUUGUGUGUGUGUGUUGCAAAACUUUAACCUUGGUCAUAGCUUUUGCAAUAUUGAAGAUAGCAACUUGAUAUUUGGCGGGCAUGCAUGUGUAUCUCAUGGAGCUGCACAUUUUGAGUGGUGAAAGGUCAAGGUCAUCCUUCAAGGUCAAAGGUCAAAUAUAUGGCUUCAAAGUGGCGCAGUAAGGGGCAUUGUGUUUGUGACAAACACAUCUCUUGUUAAAUCGUCAAAAGAUGCAUAUAAUGGCUUAUAAUUUUAGAGCAUGGUAAGUGUUCAGUAUUACUGUUUCCUUACAAAUAUCAUAAUUAAAACGAAUAUUUGUGAAUCUGAAACAACUGUUUUUAAAUUUUGUCAAUUUACCAAAAUGUGAAAAGGCCCCUUUAAAUAAAUGCUUUUCUUAUGAACAAUGUUCAAUUGCUUUACAAGAUUAAAAUUUUUAUGAUAAAAAAAUGCUGAUUUGUACGUAGUUUGUUUAAAACAUGUACAACAGUUGUCUGGGUUUGUAUAUCAACGUGUGCAUGCACAGUAAAAACCCAAUCCCUGGGUUCACAAUUGUUGGUAAUUUUUGAAGAUUUCUGAUUAUUAAAGCACACACAGUCUAGCUAUUAUUAGAUGCGAAAUUUCAAACGAUCAUUGAUUUGCAUUUUUAAUCAAAUUAAUUUGCUUUGUAAAGCAUUUCUUUGUUUAUUUAACCAUACAAAGUACACUGGAAAAUACUUCAGCAUACUUAAAUUAAGACUGUGUUUUCUGUACCCCAGUUAUGGCCUAUUUUGUUGUGCAUACUCACAAAUAUUAAUUUUGUUUACGAAAAUGCAAAAUGAUAAAGAACCCAAACGUGAAGGAUAUCCAGUUAAGAUUUUUGCCGGUAUAUAACCAACCAGUAAUAUUAUUAAGCAAAUGCAACAAUAAGAAAUUUUAUUCAAACAACUUAUAACAAGAUUCGUAUCAGGUCUUCAUUGGGAAUCUGCUAAUUGAACAUAGCCCAUGAUUUGACUGAUCAUUUCAUUAGCACAAGCAGUGAAAACUUUAGUUGUAUGUCCUGGUAAUCAUUCUGCCAGAUAACUCUUAAAACCCUGUGGCAUCCAUUAGUAAUUCUAAAUAUUUAGAAGUAUCAUUUAAGACAACUAAAAAUUCAUCAAAUGAUAUUGUUAGUGUUAAUACAUAUGUUUUAUCUAGUCAUCUAUUUCACAUAUGCCUUAUCUUAUAAAAAUACAGCGAUGUUUAUUGAUUUCCAUAUUUAAUGAAACAUGUACAGCAUUUGUCCCAUUUUCCAUUUCAACAAAAAUGUAUAUAUGCUUAAUCCCCCCCUAUCGGUUGCUCCGGAGGGGACUUAUGGUCUGUCUGUCUGUCAGUCCGUCACACUUUUCUGGAUCCUGUGAUAACUUUAAAAGUUCUUCAUAUUUGUUCAUGAAACUUGAAACAUGGAUAGAUGGCAAUAUGGACAUUAUGCACGUCAUUUUAUUUUGUUCUUACGUAAAAAAUUCUGGUUGCUAUGGCAACAAGUAAAAAAAUAUACAAGAGCUUGUCACAGUAGUGCCAAAUCCAUGCCGAAAUGUGUUUGCUUGUAUGACAACAUUUGUUUUAGAGUGUAGAAUAAUAUUUAUAAAACAAAUAAAGGGAGAUAAUUAAAAAACUAGGGCUGAAAGAGGUAUGGUUCAUGUUCACUGCAAUUCUCCUAGUUGCCAUCUGUUUAUAUUUCUAGUUUCAAGUAAAUCCCUUCAGUAGAUUUAGAGUUAUGCUCCGGACAAAAAUUUACUUUGAAAUUAAAUAAAGGGAGAUAAUUCAAAAACUAAGGUAGAUAGAGUUAUGGUUCUUAGUCACUGCACUUCUCCUACUUGCCAUCUGUUUAUAUUUUAAGUUUCAAGUAAAUCCCUUCAGUAGAUUCAGAGUUAUGCUCCGGACAAAAAUUUACUUUAAAAUUAUAUAAAAGGGGAGAUAAUUCAAAAAGUAAGGUAGAUAGAGUUAUGGUGCUUGGUCACUGCACUUCUCCUAGUUGUCAUCUGUUUAUAUUUCAAGUUUCAAGUAAAUUCUUUUAGUAGAUUUAGAGUUAUGCUCCAGACAAAAAUUUACUUUAAAGUUAUAUUAAAGGGGAGAUAAUUCAAAAACUAAGGUAGAUAGAGUUAUGGUUCUUGGUCACUGCACUGCUCCUAGUUGCCAUCUGUUUAUUAUGCUCCCCCAAAAUUUAUUGCUGGGGAGCAUAUAGUCGCCGCUUCGUUUGUCCGUGCGUGUGUGUUUGUCCGUCUGUGCACAAUUUUUCCGGGAUAUUUCUCAGCAACUAAUGACCGGAAUUCAAUGAAACUUCACUACCAAGAGGAGAUGUGCAUAUUAUCAGCGGGUUCUGGUCGGAUGAUUUUUCACAGAGUUAUGGCCCUUUGAAAUUUUAUAUAAAAAGAUUCUUGUCCCCCCAACUACUGUGCCCUCAAGACGUUUCCUUAUAUCUGAACAUAUAGUGCAAUAUUGUGACAAAAAAAAACUUUGGGGAGCAUCACCCGUCUCUGACGGUUUUUUGUAUUCCAAGUUUUAAGUAAAUCCAUUGAAUAGAUUCCGAGUUAUGCUCUGGACAAAGUUUUGGAUGGACGGACAGACGGACGGGACCAAUUACAAUAUCCCCUCCGAAUUUUUUUCGGCGGGGAUAAAAAAAAAAAAAUUCUGACAAUGGUGGAGCAGGUAGGGGACAUGUAUUGCUUGGCAAUAGUCUUGUUUAUCUGCAGGGCACGCAUGACUUGUAUAUGGUCAAAUGUUAGUAGGCCUUAAAAGCAUUUAUAAACCCAACUGAAGUGGUACAUAGUAGUUAUAUUUACAUAUACCUGCGUAUUUCUUGACCAAAACGGUUCUUUAAACUGUUGAAACAACGGUGCUUGUACUAUACAGAUGUUAUAAAGAUAUUUAUAUGUUGAUAUUGCUUUGUUUGCGAUUAUGUGUAUUCUAUUUAUUUUGUUAUGCCAGUAAGUUAAAACUGCUAGUGCUGUGGUGUCGUGAUAUAAUUGUUGACAUCAGUUACCUUAUGCUUUGUGCAUUUAAUAAUCUUUAAAAUAAAUGUAGAAAAAUAA